UUGCAGAAAAUACCAAGUGUUUGCCAUCGGCGUCCCAUACGCAUUAACGGGGGUGUAUGGGUCCUGGAUGUCGUUACUAGGAGUUAUUCUUCAAGACAAAGUGUCACAGGAUGAGGCAGCGUAUUUAGGUUUCUGGAGUUCAAUUGCUGGAAUUUUGGUAGCAGUUCUUUUUGCAAGGAUCUCUGAUUUAUUUGCUGGUCACUUAAAGGCCGCAGUCAUCAUACUGCUAUUUGUGUCUGCCGGGUCGUACACUUGGUUUGCUGCUUUGAUAGAAACGUUUGUUUUGCCACUUGUUCCUGGAUGGAUUGGUAAUUACUGUUUUGUUCUUGUUCUUCCUAUUGCAAAUCAUCAUCAUCUUCAUCGCAGUCUGUCACGCCACUGCUUGUAG